CAAUCCAUCUGAUUCAAUUUUUUGUGUUUUUGAUGUUCCCCCUGCAGAGAAUCAACAGAUUACUGCAGAUCUCAUUACCCAUCUUAGGCAAACUUAUUACCAAGCAAAUCAAACUUCAUUGGGCAGAGUGUUUGAAAUAAAAGCUACAGUAAAAGGUAAAUUUGAGAUUAGGGAAAACC